AGGGGACAGUCCUUUGGCAGCUCCGCCUGCCCCCGCCUGGCUAUAAGGGAGGAGGAAGAGGAGGAGGAUGCUGGACUCUGGGCUGGAGCACUGAAGGCAGCUGGUUUCUGCAGUCCUAAGGAGCAGGGUUCUCAGGGAGUGCACAGAUGGCUGAACCCAGAGACACCGUGGUCCUGGCCUACAGUGGGGGCCUGGACACCUCCUGCAUUCUGGUGUGGCUGAAGGAGCAGGGCUACACUGUCAUCGCUUUCCUGGCCAACAUUGGGCAGAAGGAAGACUUUGAUGCAGCCCGAAAGAAAGCACUGGCGCUAGGGGCUGAAAAGGUGUACAUCCAGGAUGUCUGCAGGGAGUUUGUGGAGGAGUUCAUCUGGCCAGCAGUGCAGGCUAAUGCACUGUACGAGGACCGUUACCUGUUGGGCACUGCGUUAGCCCGGCCCUGCAUCGCCCGCCGUCUGGUGCAGGUCGCCAAGGAGCAGGGAGCCCGGUACAUCGCCCACGGGGCCACGGGCAAGGGUAACGACCAGGUGCGCUUCGAGCUCAGCUGCUAUGCGCUGUGCCCCAGCAUCAAGGUCAUCGCACCGUGGAGGAUGCCUGAGUUCUACCAGCGCUUCCCUGGGCGCCGUGAGCUGAUGGAAUAUGCCCAGAAACACGGCAUCCCAGUGCCUGUGACACCCAAGGCACCCUGGAGCAUGGAUGAGAACCUCAUGCACAUCAGUUAUGAAGCCGGGAUCCUGGAGAACCCCAAGAAUCGGGCCCCCCUUGACCUCUAUACGAAGACCUGUGACCCAACCACCUCUCCGGACAUCCCAGAUGAACUGGAGAUCGAAUUUGAGAAGGGUGUCCCUGUGAAGGUCACCAACACCAGGAAUGGAGAAACCCAUCACUCUGCCCUGGAGCUCUUCGUGUACCUGAAUGACAUUGCGGGCAAGCAUGGUGUGGGGCGCAUCGACAUCGUGGAGAACCGCUUUGUUGGGAUGAAGUCCAGAGGUAUCUAUGAGACCCCAGCGGGGACGAUCCUAUACCAUGCGCAUUUAGAUAUCGAGGCCUUCACCAUGGACCGGGAAGUAAGGAAAAUCAAGCAGGGGCUCAGCUUGAAAUUCUCCGAGCUGGUGUACAAUGGAUUCUGGUACAGCCCUGAGUGUGAGUUCCUGCAGCACUGCAUCGCACGCUCACAGCAGGCAGUGGCAGGCACUGUGCGGGUCUCUGUCUUCAAGGGCCAGGUCUACGUCCUGGGCAGGGAGUCCCCACACUCACUGUACAAUGAGGAGCUGGUGAGCAUGGACGUGCAGGGGGACUAUGAGCCCGCUGAUGCCACCGGCUUCAUCAACAUCAACGCGCUGAGGCUGAAGGAAUAUCAUCGUCUCCAGAGCAAGGUCAGCACAAAGCAGGAUGAAUAGCAAUCAAUGGCACUCAGGCAUCCCUCUCCCCUUCAUAAUUUCUCAAAGCGCUGCCGCUAAUUGUGGCGGUAAUUUGUAACUGGAACUCCGUCCCGUGGAGGUGAUGCCUUUGUUACAGGGGAAGAAAUUGGUGGGACAGAGGGACGAAAAUAAAUCUGUGAUAGAUUAAGAGCUG